GGCUAGCCUCUUAGAUUAAGGCCAACUGUGACGUUCUGUGUUCGUAUUUUAAGCCAACCGCUCAGUUCUCCGUUUGCUCGAAGCUUCGUGUUUCUGAGGUUGUUUUUGAUGUUUGAGUCGUAUCUUGUUUGGAUUUUCCUUGAGGUAAUCCACGCUGUUCACUACUAGCCCUCAACAGGAAUUUCGGGUGCGGGGACCGAAGUUGGGUAUCUUCUUUGUCGCCAGAGAUUGUGAAGUAGCUCUGUGGGCCAUCCUUGAUGUGGUUGUGUCUUGAAAAAUUUCAUGCUGAGAUCCAAGGGAGGUUUACAUUGAGUGGUGUAGGAUUGCAGUUGAAACCGAAAAUUAUGCGCAUGCCUCUUCUUUGAAGCCUUGGAAAGAAUUUGAGGGUUGAGUUGGUAAGCAUGUUACGUCUAAUGCGGAGUGGCGUUGGAUAGGAUGAAGAUGCUAGGAGGGAGUGGAAUGGAGUGUGGAGAUUGAAGUUAGCACAGGUGGUGAAUGAACACGGAAUCGCGUGGAUUCGAAUUUGUGAGGCAGUUAACACCAGGGUGAUCCUUGAUGAGGAAUAUCACGAAGGUCUCUUGACAGCAGCAAGAGCAGAGCAGCCAUGCUGUCAUGGGGGGGAAUCACCUUGUGCUUUAGCGGAGCAGCGCUCUACUGCUUGAGUCGUAACACAGGCCGCGAUGCCCUUCAUCUCAUGUCUGUCGAGCGCGUGAACCAGCUCGAAGACUUGGCAAAAUUGCUGGAAUCAGCCUGCACGGUUGUUCCCUGGGUGGUUACCGUGGCCGGUCGUGUGGGAGCCGAAGCUCCAAUUGCUAGCGAGCAUUCAAGUCUGCGGGGGGUAAUCCUGGAGAAGUCUGCCGAACAGCACUUCCUCAAGCACAACGACACUGGCUCGUGGAUUCAGCACUCGGCACUCAUGCUGUCCAUCAGCAAAGAGGUUCCAUGGUAUCUGGAGGAUGGCACCAGUCGUGUGUUCAUAAUCGGAGCGCGGAAUGCAGCGGGCAUGGACCUCACUGUUGCCAGCGAAAGUUUUGAGGAGUAUGGGGGGUCACUUGUGCGCGGAACGCUGGACUAUUUGCAGGGAUUGAAAAUGCUGGGUGUGAAGCGGGUGGAGAGAGUGCUACCCACUGGCACCAACCUAACCGUUGUAGGAGAAGCUGUGCAAGAUGACCGAGGCCUCAUUCGAAUUCAGAAACCUGAUAAGGGGCCAUUCUACGUAACUCCUCAGAGUCAGGACCAGCUUAUUGAGAAUUUAGGCCGAUGGUCGCGAUGGUGUCAGUAUAUGUCAUUCGGAUUAACUCUUGUGGGCAUCUACUUCAUCACAUCCCGCGCCAUCAAGCACAUGUUGGAGCGGUGGAGGAGAGAAGCUCUUCUCACGAGGGUGAUGGAAGCUGCAGCUUUGAGAAAGGCAUUGCAACAAGAGGGUGUCGAUGAGGAAAGCGAUGGUGUUACCGCAUUCCCGCACGAUGACAACGCACAUACAGCUCAGAAGAAGGAUGGAGGAAUGCCUAGUUUGUGUGUCAUAUGCUUGGAGCAAGACUACAAUGCUGUAUUGGUGCCAUGUGGACACAUGUGCUGCUGCACGUCGUGCUCAUCGCAGCUCUCGCUUUGCCCGCUUUGUCGACGUCACAUCGACCAAGUUGUAAAAACAUUUCGGCACUAGUGGGUUCUUUUUGCUUACUCCUGUUAUUACUGCCUAAAAGGCGAGGUUUAGAUGGAUGCUCAACCAUGAGUCUGGGGUUAGACUACAUAUCAUUCAAAACACAAGUUCGAAAGUGUAUAAACAAAUGUACACUAAUUGCUCUUUGGGGAAAAAGAAUGUGAUAUUGUGUUGAGUUUCUAGGAACAACAAUUCGUUGGUCAUUAGGAAUUUUUUUGAGAGUUAGCUGCUUGUUUUGGAACAAUUACGAACUGUAGUUUCAAUCUCUUUGAACACCUUCAUUCGCGAGUUUUAAGGUUUUCAGUCGGAUGAUGCUAGGCCUCAUCUCCCUCCUUGUUAUGAAUCAAAAGCGUAAUGUAACAUUACUGUUAGAUUCGUCUUACCAAA